AUGGACAAUGAAAUAGAACUCGCAGAGGCCACUGCGGCCGUAAGCGAGACUCAGCCAACUGAAACUUUGUGGGAAAAACUACAACCAUCCUUGAUCGUCGCAGCUUCAACGGCACUUAUUUUCACCGGGUGUGGCAUCAAUUUUGCAUUUGGUGUCUACCAAGAACUCUAUGACUCCAUGGCAACCCAGCCCAACACACCGUUCACGGGUGCUAGCCCGGCUCAGAUCGACUUGAUCGGAACACUUUCGAUAUCUAUGAUGACUAUAGGGGCCCCUUUCUCAACCUCGUGGGCAAAGAUAUACUCACCAAGGACAGUCAUCCUGGCCGGAGGACUGAUUUUCUCUGUCGCCCUGGUGCUUGCUAGCUUUAGCCAGACGCUCUGGCAGUUUAUUUUAACUCAGGGCUUACUUCUUGGUAUUGGUACUUGUUUAUCAUACAUGCCCUCGGUAACGGUAGCACCUACUUGGUUCACACGUCACCGUGGGCUGGCCAUGGGCAUUAUUCUUUCCGGGACUGGAAUCGGCGGUGUUGCCUGGCCUCUCGCGCUGCGGUCGCUUAUAGAUCAUGUAGGCUUUCGAAACGCACUUCGAGUUACUGGCGCCCUUUCUUUUGUUCUAACUUGGGUUUCUGGCUCAUUUGUGCGCUGGCCAGCGAGUCAUCUUGCACGCAUCCAAGCCGAGAAUUCUGCAAAUUCCGCAUCAGGUUUCUUCCAGCUACCAGUGGUAAACUGGCGUGUUGCACGUACUCGCAAAUUCUUUGCCCAUGCCCUUGGCGGUGCUCUUCAGGCAGCUGCAUACUAUACUCCUGUUUUUUUCUUCGCAUCGUAUGCCCGCACACUGGGUUAUUCACAAGCAUCAUCAGCAAACUUCAUCGCGUUGUCCAAUGCAGCAAAUGCCAUUGGUAAGAUUGCAAUUGGCUUCAUGGCUGAUCGAUUGGGACGGCUCAACACUUUGCUUUUCACUACGUUUAUUUCGGCGCUAUCGGCCCUUGCAUUCUGGCUCCCAUCCUGCGUUUCAGCUACCCAGUCCGACGGCCGAGUCUUGUUUAUCGUGUUUACGGUAUUUUAUGGGAUUUUCGCAUCGGCCUAUGUUUCUCUGUUUCCCGCGAGCUUGGUCGAGUUGUUUGGCGUGCAGAAUUUCGCCAGCGUUAAUGGUUUGCUCUACAUGCUGCGUGGAAUGGCCACAUUGAUUGGUACGCCGGUGGCGGGCGUGUUGAUUCGAAGUAAUCAGCAGAAUAGCCAGCCAAAGAACUAUCAGAAUACGAGUAUAAUGGUCGGUAUUUUGCUUGUAUCCGCUGCCGUUUCCGUCUUUUGGGUGAGGAUCGAGGCUGUUUUGACAAUGGAAGAAACUGGAUCACGUAGGAGAAAGUGGUUAGUGUAG